AUGAUAAUACUUAUCUUGUUGUUUAUAAAUCUUGCAUUUGGUUAUGAAGAAAUGAUGUGCUUAAAUGCAGCUGGCCCGGGUAUUUUCAGUUGUUUAGAUAAGUUUCACGAAAUUUCAAACCAUGAGUUAUCAACUGACAUAGAUAACAAAGCCAGCACGGAAAAAAUGAAUAAACUCUGCGACGACUUCAAAAAAUGUGAUUUCACAAAGUGCAAGGCCAAUAGAGAUGCAAUGAAGUCUAUGGACAGGACAAUUUCCUACUGUGACGCUAAUCAUUUUCUCUCAGUAGAUUUCAAAGAAUGCGAGGCAAAACUAAUGGCGGAUAACUCAACGUGCAUUCAAGACUGGAUUCCAUUUCCAGAUCCAAUUAGCGAUUCAUUGAAAAUCGAUGAAAAAUUAAUGGAAUCAUGCAAGAUUUUCCUAGGACAAGAUAAUUGCAUUGAGAAGAAGAUGAUUGAGAUUUGUGAUACUGCCAUGUGGAUACAAUUUAUAAAGCACUACAUGUUCCCUGAACACGAUUGUUGCAUCUUGCAAUAA